GCACACAAUGUUCAACGGUGGUGCUUCAGCAUCUGAAGUACUGCAAACUUCCUGAAGAUACAAGCACACACAAGCAGCACAUCUGCUGGCAGUACGUUAAAAGAAGAGCUGUUUGCAAAGCUGGACUCAUCUUUCUGGAGUAUUGUUACCUGUUGCAUCUGAGAUCGUCGCUCCCAUUGUUAACUGCAUUACUUUUGGUGCAUUUUUUUUAGUUUCUCCUACACCAUGCGUCGUAUUCGUCUCCUGUUUCUUCUAACCUGGGUAUUUUGUUCCCUGGGGAUCACUCUAGCCGAACCAGAACUGAAUGUGAGUUGCAGAUUCUAUGGUGUAUUUCAUGUAGAAAAGUAUGGUCGAUAUGCUCUAAGCAGAGAUGAAGGAAAAUAUGUGUGUGAAUCCUUUGGCACUGCCUUAGCAACCCUAGCUCAGUUGGAGAAAGCAUACACUGCAGGAUUCCAAACUUGCAGAUACGGUUGGAUUGAAGGUCAUGUUGCCAUUGUUCGGCAAGAAUCUCAUUUUAAUUGUGCUGCUAAUGCAACAGGAGUCAUACUUCUGAACUCAACCCAUUUCAGUGACAAAUAUGAUGUUUACUGUUUCAAUGGAUCAGACGACCAAGAAAAGGUAUGUGAUCCUCUUCGCCAUUCUUUGAGACUGCCAACCAUGAUACCUACGACAGUCAUUUCAAGCACUCUAGAUGACAAAGGUCCUGUUAAGGAGGACACGGCUGUAAAUGAGACUGUAACUUACAGUACUGUAUCACCAGAAGAGAGCGAUCCUCAUCAUGGGAAUGAGGAUAAUGUAGAUGACACCCCUACAACGCUGUUACCUUCUGAUGAAAAUGCUACAAGUUAUGGAACCCCAUUUCCCGUUAUGCCUCCUGAAGGUGAUGAACUUGAUGACAGUAAAAAGCAGUCAACAACUACUGCAUCUUCAUCAACUCAGGAUGACAGUGGAAAUCAGGGGUCAAGUACAUGGCAUUCAGAAUUUUUAGAUAAAUGGUCUUCAAGUACUACAGUUUCAGACAGUGACAGUGAUAAUGGGGAUCGGUCUCCAGUUAUUUCAGCUGGUACAGAAAAUGGAACAGUGGAUGGUAACAGCAAAAAUGUUAAGUCUGGACGAAACAUACGUCCAGAAACUUCCACAGAUACCUCACAAAUGAUUCCGACAACAUCUUCUUUCAUUUCGACUAAACACUAUACAGAUCAUAGUGAUAGCCUCCCAGUUUGGCUGAUAAUAUUACUUGCGCUGCUUAUUGUCCUGAUCGUUACGACAAUCUGCAUUAUGGUUGCAAACAGAAAGAGGUUAUGUGGAAAGAAGAAGAAGCUGGUUAUAACAAGUACCAAGGAGAAACCAAAAAAGGAGCCCAAAAAGGACAAAAAGCAGGAAGUCAAUGGGGAUACCAAAAAAUCAGAAGAAACCGUACAGCUCAUGAAUGCUGAAGCCAACGAUUGUCAUUCCAAGACAGCUGACGAAUGUGUGGCUGUUAAUGUGUCUGAUGUUGAUGAACCCUCAGCUGACGACAUGAAAUCGUCAGUGUAGCUACCGUAACAUCUGGAGAGACUGAAGGAUAAAAUUCUGUGUAUAGGCAAAAGUUGGAACUCCCAGAGCUGAAAAUGCUAUUAGCUUUUUUGUCAGUGUUGCUGAAGUUAAAAUAUUAUUUUUAGGAGGCCUUUAUCAAUACACAAGUCUGUCUGCAGUUAUCUUGUAGAUAGAUAAAUACAUGCCGCGUAUACAAAAAUAUAUGUGCCUGUGUAUGCAGACAUAUGCAUACAUAUAUAAUGUUUGUGUGCGUGUGUGUGUGUAUGUAUAUAUGUGUGUGUAGGAUGUGUAUAC